ACGUGCACCUGUGGUCGUACGUCGUCGAGACUUUGAGUUGGACGAACAGAGGUGGUGGCGGCCCGGGACGAUGAGUAUAGAGGUGGUAGGACACAUCUACUACUCGCCAGAGGUGCAGGCCACAGUCUACAUUCAGGGGCUUGUACACGAUCACUGGCGUGAGGAGCAAACGACGAGGAGGAUCCUCUCAGCUCGAGGGGAGUCCGUACGCGGCGAGAUAGAGCGGCUGCACGGGGAGGUUCGGAGUGUGACGACGACCUUCCGGAUCGGAGGACUUUUCCCGUAUCCUAGCAGUAGGUUGCGCGUGACGCUCCCAAUGUUUGUGGAGGAGGAGCUUUGGGGCCUUAGACGUUUGGCCAAUGAGUAUGCGCAAGCUGGAAGGAGAGAGAUAGAGGUGGAUGACAUGAUGAGGAGUGAUGCAGAUGUGUGGUUGGCAUAUGUUUUAACACGUGGAUCAGAAUCCUAUAGGGUGAAGAAGCUGAUAGGGCCGAGAGAGACGGCGGUGGGUUACGAUGUGCCACUUCCGGUACGCUUAGAGGAGAUAGCUAGUGUGCCGGUUCAACACUCCGACACUUGGUUGGCUGAAGGGAUUUUUUUGUGGACGGUGAUUACAGAGGAUAGAGGAUUCGAUAUUCCCCGACGGCUGGAGGGAAUAGGGCAUCUUGUGUUUGACAAAACACGGGAUAUACAGAUAGGGUUGACGCUUGCCGGUGUUAGCAGAGGUUGGUGGAGAGCCAAACAGGGCCGCUACGGUGAUGCGGAUGGAGAGUCGAACCGAACUGGCGAGUUUUCGGCAAGAGUCGACUAUUCGACGUUCACCUACGUACGAACGAAGAGACGACAGAGAGGAAGAGAAGAUUGGAGGCACCAGUACAUCAGGGAGCAGCUUUGGAGAGAUAGGGAGAGGGCUGCACCGCCCAAACGAAUUUACGACCCUCAGACGGGUGAGUUGCACUCCCUACCAUACAAGACGAGAGACAGGUUCAUCAUCUCGCACCAACCUUCGGAGUUAGACACCAGGCCCCCCAUUUUCAAGGGAUACUGUAUUACCGAGUAUCUCGAGAAGUGGGAGCUGCAUGCUUACCGAAGUCAGCGGUCAGAGGACGAGAUUAUAGAUAAUUUCCUGUUUUACGUGGUUCCGAGCUUGAGUCAGGAGAUCAAAGAAGCCCGACCCAAGGAUAGACGAUGGGCGACGUAUAAGGCUAAUCUAUACGAGCUCUACAGACUAGAAGACGUUAAGUAUUCAAUCCGAGAUUUGGAGCAGUUGACUCAGGGUGAGGACGAGAGUGUUCGGGCAUUCGGGAAGCGAUUCCAGAAGGUAUUUGAUGCCCUUAUGGCGAGAGGGAAGUUGUCGGAGGUCGAGAGAUGCACGAUCUUCCUCGGUCGACUAACCAGAGGGAAGCAAAAGGGGGUAUUGAGAGAAAUGCGCCACGAUAAGUUAGAAUUUGCCGCGCUACUCAAGUUGGCCAUGAAGGCUGAGGCCGAUGACUACAAGGAUUUACUCUGGAGAGGAAUGAAACGUUGGGACUUUUCUCUCUAUCGGGAGUACGAGACUGAUAGGUGUCCAGAUUUUAACGAUCAGCCAUGGGCAGAGCAGCGAUAUCUGAUGGACAAAGACAAACCACAACGUCCCAGGGACAAAGAGACAGUGAUAGACGAGGAUGGGCAAAGGAUUGAAGGAGAGGAAGUCAUACUCUCGCCUCGCAAGCACGGAGCCCGAAAGUUCACAAUGAAGAGCACCUUAGACGAUAUCGAUACAGUGGAGCCUCUCAGGCGCGAGCUUAGGCAACCAAUGCGGUGCACGAUACUAGAGUACUUGGCAGCCUCGAGACACGCGCGGGAUGAGCUACAGAUGAUUACGCACAAGACGCGGAUUCCUCUCGGGGAUGAAGUCCAGAUGGCUUCUAAACCGGAUGUGCCCUCUGUAGCGGUAUCAAGUGUAUACGUUAAGGCAGAACGCACAGCGACUGUGUAUUUAGAUGGAAUGGAAGGUGUGCCUCCUGACAAGCUUUACAUUUUAGGGAGUGGGACGGUAGAGACUACCCUCAAUGACGAGGUAGUUCUCCAUGCCGUAAUUGACAAUGGUAGUGAGGUUGUCAUCAUAGACGAGGAGCUCGCUGUGCGAUUGGGACUGGACCUCGACAGGUCAUACCAAUUCGAGAUAGAGACAGUUGAUGGGAGAAAGCAGAAAGUCUCCGGGGUCUGUCACAAGGCGGCGAACGAGGUCGAAGGGUUGCGAGUGUUGAUGCCUGUUUUCGCGGUCCGAGACUGCAGCUCGGAGUUACUAUUGGGGCAAACAUGGUUAAGCCAUGUUCAUGCAGUCACUAUAGAACAACCGGACAGAAGCCAGAUGCUUUCUAUCAAGCGUCCGGAUGAUGGGCGGAUUAUGAUGGAGACAGUUGAGCCUCGUGAUCCGAGGAACAGAGCGGUUCUCGCGGCAGGGGGCCGCAAGCCGGUCAUGCUCGCAAGUCGCUCCUUGAACUUUCACGAAAAGAAGUAUGGACCAUUACUCAUAGAAGAAGAGAGGCGCAUAGUAGAGGUUGAGGAUUUAGGCAAUCGAGUCCGUGUGGGAGAAAACUCUUAUCCUAAGGCUGAAGAUGAGGAAUUCGGAGGCGUUGGGAAUAUGAAUUAUGUAGUGAACAUCAGAGACGAUUUCACCGGAUUUGUCCGACGUAAGACUGUGAUGGAUAGAGGGGCGAAGUUUCUAGCGGAUGAGGUUCAUAAUGUGUUCAAGAAAGCAGGAGCUAGAGUAUCGAUAGCUACUGCCUAUCACCCUCAGUCCAGUGCGCCUGUAGAGCGAGGCCGCCAGUCAUUGAUAGCAUCACUGUCCAAAUGGUGUAGAGGUAAAGAUAGUGACUGGCCAAAAUACUUCACGUAUGCGAUUUGGGCGGAUAAUGUCACUGUCCGAGCUAGCACGGGGUACCCACCAUACACUCUAUGGUUUGGGAGGCACUGCCCUCUGCCCAUAGAGUUUCACGUCGAUAGUUGGACGACGGUUGAUUGGGCGGAUAGUAUGUCACGAGAGGAGCUUCUGGCAGCCAGGACUAGACAGAUAGCCUACGGGUUAGAGGAUAAUCUCAUGACCGCAGCCAAUCGACUAGCAAUGGAAAGAGAGAAAGGCAAGGUGAGAUGGGAUAAAGAUGUCAGAAUCAGAAAGGAGAAGAUAAAAGUCGGCGACAUGGUACUUCUUUACGACGCUGCAUUGGAGAGGACGUGGUCGAGAAAGUUGGCAAACAAAUGGAUGGGACGUUACCGUGUAGUCGGUGCGCUAAGUUGGGGAGCUUGUAUGAUUGUUGAGCUAGAUGGGCCUAAGUGGAAGGAUCCUGUGGCAGGGGCUAGACUGAAACUGUUUAGGCCAAGGGAACCCCCUACUCCGGAGCAGACGUUGUCGGAUCCCAAGGGUAAAGGGAAGACCAAGGUGUCAGAUGAGGGACCGUCGAGGCGGUUCAAGAUAGGUGAGAGUUCGAAGAAGAGGAAAAGAGUAGAGACCAGGAAAGUGAAGGGCUUAACGCUAGCCGUCAUGGACCAGAGGUCCAGAGAAGCAGACGAGGCCUAUCAGGCCCGGAUGCUGGCUUGGAGUACCGAAACAAAGAAACGGGCGGAUGACGCAGCAGCAACAGCGAAGAAGAAGGCAGAGGACGCCGAGCAGGCACGUCAACUGGCACUUAAACAACAACGCCAGCAUGACGAGGCAGCAGCAAGGGCUGCCGAUGAAGAAAGAACUCAACGUCGUGAGAAGAUAUUUAGCGGAGAGCAGACUUUGCUCACAAUGGCAGCGGAAUGGCGGACCGAGGCUGAGAACGGCAAGUUGGAGGAUAGCGAAAACAAGAUCGCUCUCCUCCUCUCCCAUCUCACAGACCUCCUGGCGACAUGCAUUACACGGCAAGAGGACAUCCACAGCCUCGACGACUCGCUAGCUCACGUCCAAGGCCGCCUCCGGCAGCUGGAGCAGCGACCUGUCGCCGCCCCCGAUGCAAGCUCUUCCAACACCUCCGAUCGCCUCGCAGCAUUGGAGAUGGACUUCGGCUCCCUGAAGGACGGCGCGCAGCAAGGGCAAAUAGGGAAACUGAGCACCGCCGAGAGUGACUCGACGACACUCUCAAUGCCUUCGGAACCGGUCUCUUCGCAAGUGACUGGCCUUCAUUCCAAGGCGCAUGCGGAAGUCUAUAGUCCUCCUCUUCUAUUGUCUUUUGAGGACUACGCUGCCCGGCUCGUUCCUACGCUGGGUACUCAAGCUCAAGGACAAGACGUGUGUGUGGUUUCUUCUCCGUACGGCAACGGCGACAUAUCGUCUUCAAGUGGUUCUUCACAGGAAUCGACGCGCGAGUUCAACAUAGAGGUAUUGGACCCACUCACAUCCGAGGACUUUGCAUGGCUUCCUCUCCCGACCACAGGCCGCUUGCCGGGACCGCAAUGCGCAACACUAUGCGCUCAUCUCCACACUUACUUAUCCGCACCACCAACUUCGCCGACGGAUGACGAAGUCGCGGUGGGGGACAUGCUUGCGUAUACUACCAAGGUGGCCCGCGAGUUUCGCACGCAGCGGUACGAUGACCACAACGCACCGCUCAUGUAUGUCCGCAUCCAGGUUGGGCAAGUGUCCUGCAGUGCUUUGCUGGAUAGCGGCGCGUCUCACAAUUUCAUGAGCCAAUCCUUUAUGCAAAGGGUUGGCCUUGGCGCACAAGUUCGGAGGAAGGCAAACCCGACGGCGAUCAAGUUGGCGGAUGGGAAAACCCAGCAACUUCUCGACCGAUACAUCGAGGCCGUACCGGUUUAUUUCGCACCUCAUGCAUGCGAACCGGUGACAUUCGAUAUUCUCGACACGGACUUCGACAUCAUUCUGGGAAUACCUUGGCUUGCAAGUGCGGAUCACACGGUCAACUUCCACCGGCGGACCCUUAGCGUUCGCGACGCCUUCGACGCGGAAGUGGCGUGUACUAUUCCUCUACCGCACCCUUCGAUUCCGUGCCAAGUGGUGACGGCCAAAUCAUUCCGGGCGACUUGCGCUUACGAGCAGCACGAGGAGAUCGGCCUAUGUUUCCUACGGACCGUCGCGGUAGCCGACUCUUCACCCACGGACUUGUCUUCGAACCCCCGUGUGGUGCGGUUGCUGAACGAGUUCGCUGACAUCUUCGAGCCAGCUACCGGUGUGGUGCCAGAUCGGCCGAUCUCUCACGAGAUCAGUCCUGAGGCCGGUGUCGUGCCGCCGAAAGGUUGCAUCUAUCGGAUGAGCGAGGAGGAGCUUGAGGUCUUGCGGAUAUACGACCCGCUUUUGCCUACACGCGUCACUACGGGUGCGCCAGGCUAUGACAUUGGUGCAGUCCUCGAGCAACAUGAUGGUGUGGAUUGGCACCCGAUCGAGUAUUUCAGCAAGAAAGUGUCCGUCGUGCAUUCAAUUGACGAUGCACGCAAGAAGGAGCUCCUCGCCUUCGUCCACUUGCUCAAGCGGUGGUGGCACUUCCUCCUUGGUCGAAGCCAAUUUCGAUGGGUAACGGACAACAAUCCGUUGGUCUUUUACAAGACCCAAGACACCGUCAACAGCACCAUCGCUCGAUGGAUGGCUUUCAUCGACCAUUUCGACUUCUUUCCCGAUCACAUUCCCGAGAAGUCGAACCAUUUUGCGGAUGCCUUUUCACAACGUCCAGAUCAUUGUACCGCGGUGUCGGUGCGAAUACCCUGAUAAGGGUAUCCGCCCUGGGUUUUGCAAGUGACAGGAAGUAUGUUCUGUGGUUUGGAUUUUGGAUUUGACUGCCCUGCGAUCACACAUAUACAUAUGGUUAUGAGGAGCCCCACUGUGAUUGUGAGAAGUGAUCGUCACAUACUUAUCCCCCUAUAUAUAUAUAUAAGUAUAUGUGUACCUAUGUUGGAAGUUCGUGUGGCCUGAGGGGUCCGCAUAUUAAGGAUAAAAGUUGGGGUUGGGGUUAAGAAAAGAAAGGGUAAACCCCAUUUUUCUGAUUGUAUGCUUCUUAAUAAAUUCCUAGUCGGACG